AUGUCCCUAUUUUACAAGAACUUACAAGAGCAGGGCGUCGACUUCAUCGCAGACAGCCUUUUGCAUGCCAACGACAUUUUUGCCAAGUAUGCCACCACGUCGCGCACCGUUGCAUCUCCUUCCAAGCUUGCCGGUGAACUCUUGAAGUCGCCCACUCGCACUCGUACGCGCGGUGCAACAGGACAAAGUCGUGCCCCUCUCAACACCAGUAGCGAUCCAUUCAUCGAUGCAGCCGAUGUCUUUGACAAGGAGAACGCACCCAUUCCAGCACCUUCUUCGCGAUUGCGCACACCUUCCACGAUAGAGCCACAGAAAGGCAAAGGAAAGGCCAAGGCCAAGGCCAAGACGAUUGAGGUCGUCAAUGAAGCGCCUGAGUCUCCAGCGCCGAGACCAACGCGAAAAGUGCUCGGCGAUCUGAAUGCAGGGAAAGCUUUUCAGAAGCAAAAUGCGCAAUCAACAAAGACUGCGCCAACUAAGAAAGGUGCUCGCAAAGAUAUUGCAAUCGAGGACGACAGCAUGGCUAUCGAUGCCUCAAUACAUGAGGAUGCAUCACCAAUCGAGGCCAUUCCCAGGGCUUCUACUCCACCCCUCAAUGCUUCGCCACCCAAAUCUGCAUCUACACAGGGGACGAAAGAGUUUACCAAGGAGGAGACUGCGGACGCAACCUCGAUCAUCGACUCGGAAGAGGAGGUUUCGGAAGAUGACGGCGACUCGGACGCUGGAGCUUCUGCUGCGAAUGCACAGCAGGGUGGAUCUCAGACUCAGCAAACCGAGUCCAACGUCACAAGCAUAGCCGUUUCGCAGGUGUCUGGCAGCGAUCUCACCUCGGUGUCUUCUCGAUCCGAUACCAACGACACUAUUCGUUCCAACGACAACACCGUUUCUGGCAUGCUAACUGAUCCGAAGCUCGAGAAUGCUCGCCUAGCUGCCUCUGCGCUUCUGACGAGUAAGCUCCAACAACAGAAGGAUGGCAACACGGAUAAGCCUGUCAAGCGCACGCUUGCCUCUUACGGAGCUAAGAAGAGCUUGCCCGCUGCUGCACUCGAUGCCCGCCCGAGCAAUGUGACCACCACCUUGCAUCCUGCUUCCACCCCUGCUGGUCCUGGAUUCCGCUCCAGCUUCCUCAACAAGAGCCUGCGCAAGCAGAUUGCCGACCAGGAGGCACUUGAGAGCGAUGAAGAUUCGGAAUCCGACUCGGAUGCUGACGAAGCUGGCCUUGUCGCUGGCGCCACUUUUGCGGCCAUGUACAAGAAGACGGCUGCCAAUACACAGGCCAACACUCGUGCCAACGCAGGCGAAGCUACAGGCAAGCACGCCGCUCUCUCGUCCAACGCUGGUAUCAGUGGAAAGAAGCGCAAGAGUGACGAGGCCCUGCCGGUCGCCAGUGAAGCUGGUCUCGGUUCGGCUGCUCCACCCAACAAGAUGUCAAAGCUUGGUGCUGCUAUGCUCGCUGCCAAGUCUCAAUCUUCCGCGAUCACUCCUGCUGUCAAGAAAGCGCCAGCAGUCGGUCCUGCGUCCAAGCUCGAGCAAUUCCGCAACAAUCUAGCUCACGUCGCAAGAAGCACUGGGAGUGGAGCUAGCUCCAGCUCAGCCUCACAAUCGAUCAGCUCAGUCGCUUCUCCUGCGCUGGCGGAAACCAUAGCUGCUCCCCUUCCUGUCAAGCCUGCCGAGCCUGCUCUUGUCGCGACAACUGCCCCGGUAUCGUCAGAUGCAGCUUCAACGUCUGAUGACGUCGUUCAAGAAGCACACCCGCGAUCCUCCGAUUCUGGCUCUGACUCGACAGAGAAGAUCGCGCCAGGCAGCAGAAGCGGUGAAUCAACCAUCAAGGCUUCAUCCACCCCUCGAUCUCCGACACGCUCCCCUUCUCGCGCUGCUGCUACUUCACCCGUGAGACUGCCGCCUCGCACUGGUAGUGUGCGCAAGUCUCCCCGUAAGCUGGCUGAGCAGCAGAAGAUCCAAGAAGAUGCUCGUGCUGCUUCGCCUGGUCCGAAGUCCAAGAAUGGCUCAAGCUUGUUCCAGUCCGCCAGCAGUAUGCAAGCACCACGCAGCCCGACAACACAAACGCGAAGUCUUGCCGCCCUCUUUGGCAGCCCGAAGCAGGGAACAAAGCUUCCAACACUCUCGAGCGCUGCAGCCGGAAGCACUACACCACUUCACUCGCCACCCAAAAAUUGGCAAGGCAGCCGGUUGCCGUUUGCGCAAUCUUUCCACUUGCAGCAGCAGCCGCAGCAUGCAUCGCGUGAGGCCGACAAGUCGCUGCCUGAGACUCCUGUUGAGGAGAAGCUUGAGCCGGCCAGCAAAGAUCGCAUCGUCUCGACAUCCUCGACGAUCCUUUCCACCUCCAAGGUCGAGCUUAACAGCCAGUUCUUUGAUGCACGGUCACGGGAGAACACGCCUGAGCCAAUCGAGACUGCUCCUGCGGCUCUUGCGGCGAUCGUGCCCAGCAAAGAUGUGGCCCGACUUGACAACGUAGCAAGCAAGGAGACGGUUGCACCUGCAUCGAUUCCAGAUGCUGUAACGAAAUCGUCAGGUCUUGCUAAGGCUGCCGCACUAUCGCCGAAGAAAGCGGCAGCCAAGGCGCUCGCCAAGUCAGGUCCAACAUCACCGACUAAAGCAAGCGCACUUCGAGCUGCCGCCAACGCCGCUUCGCCCUCCAAACUCAAGGCUCAGUCGACAUCACGAACAACGCAACAAUCUGGUGUUCCCGCUUCCUCCACUUCACCAUCAAGGACGUGGGGCAUUGGCGAGAAGAUCAAGGGCUUCCUUGGCUUGCAUGCAUCGUCCACUGCUGCCGCUCAAACCAAGAUUUCGGCAUCCAGCACCUUCCAACCACGAGCAAAUGGCGUUCCCACCAGCACUGCCAGUGCUGCCCAGACAGAGGCCAAAGCAGCGGCACGACCAGCAAAUGCUGCUCCUGCCAUCCCAGGUGCUUUGCUCGCCAGCCCUCCACCGGCUUCCAAGGCACCACAGGCCAACUCGACGCCGUCCAGCAGCGCUGCCUCUUCCACCACCAACGGCAAACUCAGCAGUCUCGCCCGAGCAGAGAUGCUCCGCAAAAAGCAGAUCGAGGAGGAAGAGCGCAAAGCCAAGGAGAAGGAAGAACGUCGACGAAUGCUCACGGCCAAAAAGGAAGAGCGUGCCAAGGCAGUUGCCGAGGAGGAGCUCGAGAAGGAGAACCGCAAGCGUGCUCGAGAACAAACCGAGCGAGGAGCCGACGCUAGUGUUGCUUCAUCUGUCGGAGCACCUGCGGCUAUACCUGCAGCAUUGCUCGGAAACAUUGUUGUCGGUGGCGGAGGCUCUUCAGCUUCAAGUACCGCACACAGCACGGGAAGCUCGAGGACCAGUGCGGUCAGCACCGUCAGCAGCGGACCCCCUACUCGACCAUCAAGUGCACUCAACGGAAGCUAUACUGGCGUCAAGAGCCGGUACAUGCAGACAUCGGCGCAGCAACACCAAGCGCAGGCGGACGAGAGCAACAAGAAGCGUCGCGUCACCAACGAUAGGGAAGGUGGAGCUGCCGCGUUGCAGACACAGAGCAAGCCGCAACAACAGCAACCUGCUGCUGCUGCUGCUACUGGAGCUCGUCCAGGCACUUUGGCAGCUACAUCUCAGAUCGGUGCUCCAAAGAUGGUUCGCACUGUCAGCCAGCCCUCUAUUCGAGCUGGCCCUACUUCGCAAGCUGCUCCUCAGCAACAACAGCAGCGCGCUCAGCCAUCUCAGGCCAACACACAACAACCACCGCAGCAGAUCAAGCUUACAAUGAAGGCGGGCGCAGCAGCAGCAGCUGCUGCUGCUGCAGGCUUUGGAGCCGCACCUCGUAUUCCAGGAGCGGGCGCGAUGGCCGGCAAUGGUGCUGCAACAGCUUCAAUGAUGGCUGCUGCCAACAAGGCAUCGCUUGCUUCUUCGGCAGCACCUCAAGCUGGAGCCAAGUCGAUGGCAAAUGUCAACUUCUCGUCGUCGAAUCCCUUCCAACAAGCCAAGCAGCAACAGUUGCAGAUGCAGAUGCAGAAACAAAAGCAGCUCCAGAUGCAGCAACAGCAACAACAGCAGCACCAAGCUGCAGCUGCGGCUUCGAACGCUGCUCAACCUCAGAACGCCGCAAACACUGCAGCGAUGCGAGAGCAAGAGCUGCAUCGUGCCGCUCAGUUCCAAUUUCAAAUGCAGAAUGCAGCAGGUGGUCGAUUCGAAGAAUGGGGCGAUGAUGCUCAGCAAGGUGGCGGUGCAGCCGAUGAGGUCUUGCCUGACAUUGCUUCGGAGUAUUCUGACUCGGAGGAUGAAGAGACUAUUCAAAAGCGAGCUGCUAUGCCAACGUGGACUCAGGGAGAUGCUUUGGAUUCUGCCUUGCUGGCACAGCUCACAGUGGAUGCUGACGAGAUCUUUGGUAUCCCACAAGGACCAGUUGAACUCGAAAAGAUUCUUCCGGGUGAACGUACUGCCAAUCGCAUUCGUCGACCACGAACUUCGUCUGCAAAUUGGUCGGGUCCGGACGGUCUUGCACAAUGGGAGAUCGACAGAUACAACAAACGUAUGGGAAUCAAAGGCCCUGGUGUUCAGCUCACUCGAAGAGAUGGCAGCCACCCACCUCCACCCCCACCAGGUGUCAUGGCAAGAUUGUCAAUGGCUCAACGUCAGUCGAUCUCUCAUCAUGGAAUGGGUGUUGCUUCUUCUUCUGCCAUUAGUGCUUCCAGUGCUGGAACCAACAACGGCGUUAAGAAAGACGACCCUCGCGGCAAGAUGUGA